AUGGAUAGUGACGAUUCCAGACCAGGUUCGUCUGCGUCCAAUAGCUCCGGCUCGGACAGUCCGUCGAGUCCUGGGGUACCUGGCGGUGCCCAAGCUACAGAUCAGAUCGAUGCUGCCGAAGCGCGUGUAUCUCGCUCUCGGUCCCGCUCGCGGUCCCGGUCACGGUCCGGAUCCCGUUCGCGCUCGCGGUCGCGUUCCGGAUCUCGAUCGCGCUCCAACAGCCCGGCAUCGAAAAAGAACAGCCCUCCGUCGAGCCCGAAAAACUACGACGAUGCUCCGUCGCGUUCGAACUCACCAUCAUUCCGGAGUGCGGAAAACUCGCGCAAUUCUAUGCCGCGGAAGUCACCCCGCAGUCGCAGUGGCUCCCCGGACGGUGGCCGGUACAAUCGGUCUAGGUCGGGUUCGAAGGAAUCGAAUCGGUCGGACACUUCUCCGAAGCGUCAUCGUCACCUGUCACGGCAUUCCAGCGGAUCCAACCUUAGCGAAAAGCUGAAGGGAGAGGAGAUUUCCGACUGUGAGAUGGAAUCCGACCAAGAGGAUAAGGACAAGGGAAGCAACAACGGUAAGUUGGAAGACAGCGAGAUUCCGUCCGGCCACGAUGGAGUAAAGGACACGUUGGACAUGGAGCACCGCUUGGAGAUGCUCCAGCAGGAAAUCAAACAAAUGGAAGCGGCUGAUAGGCAACAUCAGCAUCAGCAGCAAGAGCAACACCACACUCACACAGCCAACAUCACGCGAAGUGCCCUUAACGAUACCAACCUGUUGGACAUUCUGGAAAAGCAGCAACAUCUCGAGCUGAACGUGGUCGAUAAGCUGCAAGCGCUGGACAUGGAUAACGUCAUCCGACAGUGUCGGGCCCAGAACGAAGAACUCUGGCGGCAGGUUGGCGACCUGAACAGGCAACUGGAGGAGAAGCAGCACAAACUGAACACACUGGAGGUACAGCUGAGCGAGAUGCGGUACGAAUGCGCCGAACUGAGGGACAAGCUGGAGGAGAACGAUCGGUCGACCUCGGAUGCGGAGGUCCUCAGGCUCAAGAAGGAUCUGUUCCAGGCGAAGUCGGAACUGGCGGAAAAGCUGUGCCAGCUGGAUGACACCGAAGUGAAGCUGAAGGAAAAAUCCGCCGAGCUGUUCAAGACGGCCAAGAUGGUGGAAAAGCUGGUGAAGACAAUCACCGAACUGGAGAAGGAAAAUGCCCGCCUCAAGCGCAACUCGAUUGUCUCGGACCCCGGCAGUGCAAACCAUCCUUCAGCGUCGGGGGCACCAAUGGAGCAGCCCAUCUUCGACCAGAACCAACAAAUCGUAUCGCAGGACGAAUACGACAGCCUGUGUCUGAGGCUGAAAGCCCUCCAAACCAAGAACGACAGCCUCAUCCAGAAGCUCACCAGCAACUCGAACGACCGCAACGAGAACAUCAUCAUCAAGCAGCUCAACGAGGAGCUGAUCCAGGCGCGAGACGAAGCGGAAAAGUCUCAGCGCUGGCGCAAGGAAUGCGUCGACCUGUGUGCCAUCUCCACGGCUCGGCUGGAAGAACUGGCCGGGUUCCUGGACUCCCUGCUCAGGAACGAAGAAUUCAGUGGAACGCUUUCUAUUGCCCGCCGGAAGGCCAUCCGCAAGGCGGUAGACCGCAGCUUAGACCUCUCGAGGAGUUUGAACAUGUCCAUCUCGGUCACUCGGUUCUCCCUUCCGGAGAACAGCUUAGCCAAUCUGAGCAGCUUGACAGGCUUUUUGAAUGGAACCGAUCGGAGUCUCAUACUUGAGGAUGACGCCGAUAAGGAGAACCAAGGAAGUGCCGAGAAAGUGAUUGCCUCUUUGAAGGCAGAAAAUCGUGAGCUUCGGGGACAGCUGGAGGGUCGCGGAAGUGCCAAGAAGGCGGGUCAUUCGGAAGUGAGGAGAAAGUUGAUCCCGCUGAUGACCGAACCGGUGUCGGAUUCGGAAGCGUGGUCGGAACCUGAUCGGGAUGUCUCGUUGGCUAGAAUCGGACUGGAAGAGCGAUCGUCGCUGACGAAUUCCGGUGGUAAAGGGAAGAACAUCUCUGCCCGAGGACUUGGAGGAGUGUUGCAGGAGUUCAGCUCUACUUCGGAGAAUGAAGGUAACGGAAGUCAUUUGAGGAAGCAAGGCGCUGAAUUGAAGCAACUGCAAGAAGCGGUUCAGGAGAAAGACAGCAAGAUUCUGGAAAUUCAGACUCGAAUGGUGGACCUGGACAAUAAACUGCAGGAGGAGAAGAUGAAGCGAGUUGAUAGCUCCAAAUGGAUGGGGCGAGUUUGGUUUCCGUCUCGGAUUGCCGAGCCGAUAGUGGGGCUCUUGGUGUCUGGCGUUCGUAGAAGGCAGUCGAGUGGAGUGUUCGUCUCGCGUGCGAAAAUAUAUUCCGCCUAG